CAGACAAACAGAACAGUGCAAAGAGACUGAUUCAACUAACCACUGACAGAUUAUUAAUGUCCUAUUUCAUUAGAGAGAGACCACGCUGCUUACUUGAGAGAGUUAUUGUUAGCUAGGAGGAAGACAUGGAGGGUUCAACGCUGACACAGAGGAGGGCUGAGUGUCAGUUGAAGGAAAGGGUGAUCCAGACAGACUACGUGAUGGAGCUGGGAGUCAGGUUGGCUCUGGUGUGGCAGAUCCAGAGGGAGCAGGAGAAGGAAAUGAAGAGGAUUUGGUUUGAGACGAGGAAAAUGCCAAGCCUGAUUGAGGAGAAUGUGAGAGAUGUGACAAACCGUCCACUCACUGAGUUCAUGGCUCCCUGUAUUGACUCCCUCCCACCACUGGCUUUCACCAAUCGGAGGCCUAUACCAACCAUGUUACAUCCCCCCUCUCAAUUGGCCAUACGCGCUCAGGAGGCACAGCGGUUCAUUGUAUUUUCAUACUUUGUCCCUGCUGAGUGCCCAGUUGCCACAGAGGCCACUGCAGAUGUACGUACUGGUAAAAGAGAGGACUUAUCGACAGAUACACAUCUUUCCUCAAUGCUGCAUCGAUACCUGCCACACUUCUUUAACGAUGACUCCAUGCCACCACAGCAGACAUUAGAGGGAACCACUGAGGUCUCAGUUGCUCCAGUGGCAAAAUCUAAUAUCAAGGAAGAGGACAGAUUCUAUCCUUUCUCCCUCCCACCACUGGCUCAGCGGUUCAUUGGCAAAUCAUUCAAUGUCCCGGAAACCUCCCAGCCUGCUGUUUUAGCCACAGAGUACCGAGUUGCCAAAGAGGCUACUGCAGGCACGGCCACUGUCAAGAGAGAGAACCGAUGGGCAGCUAGAAGUCUUCUUUCAGUGCUGACUCCAUGCCUGCCAUCAGUCUUUGACGGUGACUUCAUGCCACCAGAGCAGACAGUAGAGGAUGCCUAUGAGGUCUCAGGUGCUACAGAGAACACUUCAGGUACAGCUACUGUUGAUGGAGUGGGCAGAUCAGCAGCUAAACGCCCUGUCCCAAUGCUGCCUCCAAGUCUGUCACGUGUCUUUGACAUUGACUACAAACUGCCGGGGUCGGCAGUAGAGGGAACCAACAAGUGUCCAGUUGCCAGUGGAACAACCAAUGAUGUGUCCACUCACCUAAAGGAGGACAUGGCAGCUGAUCAAAGCCCUCCUGACCCUGGAGCACUGCCUCCAAGCUCGCCAUGUAUCCGUGACUCUGACCACAAACUGACCAAGGAGAAAAAAGAGGACGCCAAUGAGUCCUCCCUUGCCACAGAGAUCACUGUAGGCACAUCCAUUGUCCAGGGAGAGGACCUGUUGGGUGAUAAAAGCCCUGCUCCAAGGCUGCCUCCAAGCUUGUCACACAUUUUGGACAAUGACCAUAAGCAGCCAGAGGAGACGUUAGAGGACGAUACUGAGUGCUCAGUCGCCACAGAGGCAUCAGUUGCUAAUAAACAGAAUCCAUCAGCAGCUACACGUCUUCCCUCAGUGCUGCCUUCAAGUCUGCCACUUGUCUUUGACAAUGACUACAAACUGCCAGAGGAGGCAGUAGAGGGCACCAGCAAGUGUCCAGUUGCCAGUGAAGCAGCCGCUUCCGUGUCCACUGUCCUCCAAGAGGAGUUUUUGGCUGGUAAAAGUCCUCCUGCACCCACAGCACUGCCUCUAAGGCUGCCCUGUACCCACAGCCAGAGGAGACAGUUGAGGACAACACAGAGCGCUUAGUUGACACAGAGGCAAGUGCAGUUUCAUCCACUGUUAAGAGAGAGGAACUGACAGGUGAUGCAAACCCUGUCCUACCACUUCCUCCAAGCCUGGCAUGCAUCCAUGACAAAGACCACAACGAGCCAGAUCAGAAAGGGAGGGGCACUACUAAGGAGGUGUAUCUCUGCCCUCACGCUCACCAGCUGGACCCAGAUGCUAACUUAACUCUGGAAACCCACAAUGAUGAACCCAGGACCUGGACCUUGGAAGAGACAAAGGUAGGUGUCCUAUUUUACACUACUACUUUACAGGGUUGGGGGUCAGUUCCAUUUCAAUUCAAAGCAUUGAAGAGAAUUGGAAUUUUAGAGUUCUUCUUGAAUUGACUGGAAUUGACCCAAACUUGCUGCUCUUUGCUCAUAGUAUGAAACAUCACCCCUCACUAGGGUUAACAUUUAUGGGUUUUGGAAUAUAUAAUGGGGAUACAAAAAACAAAUGACCUUAAUUACUGUCCUCCAAAUUGUGUGCCCCAUGAGGCCAUCAUUGUAUGUUGAUCACUCAAAUGUGUAUUGAAUGUGCCACAUUGGAACAAUAUUACAUCUAGAAUCAAUGUCUUCCUGUCAGGAUUAUUGGAUAGGCAUUGACAUUGAGAGUGAAGAGAGGAGCGUCAAGGAGGAGGUGAGACCGAGGGAGGGGUUGAAGUGUGAUGCGGACUGUGCCCAUUCCAAGAGCUCCAAUGGGAUGGUUUCAUCAGAGAGAGCAGAGACCAUCCUGGGAAGAGUGGGCUUUCUGGUCAGGAACCACAUGCAGAAAAUCCCGUUUUUGAAGAUGGAUAGAAAAGAGGAAAGAAAGAAACUGAAUAAGAAGUUGAAAGAUGACGAGAAAGAGAGAAAGGAGAUGAAAAACAAGGAGGAGGAGCAAAAAAAGAGGGAGAAGAAAGAGAUGAAAGAGAGAGAGAAAGAGCAGAAGAAAGUCAUGAAGGCUGAGAAAAAGAGGGAGAAGUUAGAACAGAAAAAGAGAGAGAAGGAAAGAAAAGAGGAGGACAAGGCAGAGAAAAAGAGGUUAGAGGGGCUGAUGAAGAUACAUAAUGACAUGAUGAAAGACAGGAUUAAGAAAGAGAAGAAGUGUUCUGAGGAGCUGAAAAAGAGAGAGAAAGCUCAAGCUGAGUUCCUGGAGAUGGAGAGAAAGAUUCAAGAAAAGGAGGAGAAGAAGAGAGAAAAGAUGAGGAAAGAGGAGAGGAAGAGACUGGAGAAGAAGAAAAAGAGUGAGCCAGUUGGAGGUGGAACUGAGAGGGUGAUAGAAGAGCAGGGAAGGGAUGAAAGCUUGAAGAUGGAUGAGUAGACUGGGUAAUAGAGAGAGAGAGCAGGGAGGGAAACUUUAUUUUUG